ACUAUAGGAGUAUUAACUACUACUACUAAUCUCUCUUUCCUCUCUACUAUUCCAGUUCAUCUCAUCCUCUCCAUUUUAUUGCUAAACCUUUUCACCAUUAAACCCACUUCAUCAUUUCUCUCUCCUCUCUAAAAUCCAGGUUUUGUUGAGGUCGUUAAAGUUGAUGUUUUGCUGUAACUAAUAAUGGCGUCUCUCUCUUUCACCCAAUUUCUUUCCUUGCCUAGGUGGAACUAUAGAACACCCUGCGUAGCAGAUGUAGAAUUAAUGCUCGUUGCAGAUAAUAGAUUACGGAAUAGAUGGGUUUUGUCAGCAACAUCUAAAAAAGCAAUUGUAGCAUCUAUACCCGAGGAGGAGGCAUCCACUGAAUCAAAGGGAACCAAAAAGGCUAGGAGUAGGCAGGCCAACGCAAGAGGUAGAAAGAAGGCAACUACUGAACUGCUGGACCAUGAUUUUAAUCUAUUGGCUAGUAGUUCCAUUUCAGAACAGGAGUUCUCUGAUCUGGAAGCAUCUAUUAGCGACUCUGAGAAACCCAAGAGAAGAACCAGGAAGAAAGUUGUCUCUCCAACUUCGACUUCUGGUAUGGAGGAAGUGAAGACAAAUAAAAAGUCCAGGGGGAGGAAGAGCAAGGAAGAGAUCAGUAAGGUUGAGGAUCAAACAAGUGAGAUGGAAGUCAAUGAUUUAGAGGAGGUCGUCUACCGUACAAGUCAAGAUAAUGAUGACAGUGACAUUGAUUUACAAUUGGGAAAGAGUGAUGGUGAUGAUAUUAGUUUCAGUUAUGGUUGGCCCCCUCUUGUUUGUUGCUUUGGAGCAGCACAGCAUGCUUUUGUGCCUUCAGGAAGGCCUGCCAAUAGACUUAUAGAUUAUGAAAUUCAUGAUUCACUUAAAGAUGCCUUAUGGGAACCUGAAAAGUUUGUUAGGGCUCCUGGAGGUUCGGCAGGUGGUGUUGCAAUAGCGCUGGCAUCGCUGGGUGGCCGAGUAGCUUUUAUGGGUAAACUUGGCAAUGAUGACUAUGGGCAGACAAUGCUGUAUUACUUAAAUGUAAAGAAUGUUCAAACACGAUCAGUUUGUGUAGAUGAUAAACGUCCAACAGCUGUUUCACAGAUGAAGAUUGCCAAGCGGGGCGCUUUACGAACAACUACUGUCAAACCUUGUGCAGAGGAUUCUUUGUCAAUAUCUGAUAUCAAUAUUGAUGUGUUGAAGGAGGCUAAGAUGUUUUAUUUGAAUACAUCCUCCUUGCUUGAUGCUAGUAUGAGAAGAGCGACUUUGCGAGCGCUUAAGAUAUCAAAGAAAUUAGGGGGUGUCAUCUUCUAUGAUCUGAAUCUCCCAUUGUCACUGUGGCAGUCUGAUGAAGAAACCAAAUCUUUCAUAGAGCAAGUGUGGAGCCUUGCAGAUGUCAUUGAAGUCACAAAGCAAGAACUUGAAUUUAUUUGUGGAAUCAAGCCUUUAGAGGAGUUUGACACCAAGAACAAUAAGAGAUCUAAGUUUGAGCAUUAUGAACCAGAUAUUAUAGCUCCUCUAUGGCAUGAGAAUCUCAAAGUUUUGUUUGUUACAAAUGGGACUUCUAAGAUACACUAUUACACCAAAGAGCAUAAUGGUGCUGUCCUUGGAGUGGAAGAUGCUCCAAUGUCCCCUUUCACACAAGAUAUGUCAGCAUCUGGAGAUGGCAUAGUGGCAGCUCUCAUGAGAAUGUUGACAGUGCAACCACAUCUCAUUACAGACAAAGAGUACUUAGAGCGUGCAGUUAAAUAUGCAAUUAAUUGUGGAGUCAUUGACCAGUGGAUUGUAACUCGGCAAAACGGCUUUCCUGCUAAGGAAGGCCUGGAAGAAGAAGAUGAAGACGAAGGCAUUCCUGACUUAAAUGGCAUCAGGUCUAUCACCGAGAGACAGUUCCGCACUGUGAUGCCUGUUUCUAGCUGAUCAAAAUUCACUCAGUAGACCCAAGGAUUUGUAUCUUUAGCUGAAUGAUAAUCGAACCUUCUAUACCUUCACAUCUCUUAAGGCUUUUUGCGGUACUAGUUUCCGUGGAACUCCAGCCAUAGAAGAUUCUUCUAAGAACCUUAGGAAACCAUCUGUUUUCGACCUCUAGUUUUUGCCCUUGCUUUAUUUCAUACUAGGAUAAAUUUUGUAAUGAAAGAAAAGAAUAGUUCAAUAUAGCUCUGCUGUAGAGAAUGUCCUCUCUAUUUUUAUUUGUUAAUUCAUUCUUCUAAUUGGGUUUUCAGAAUGCUAUUAGGGAAAGAAAGAAAAGUAAUGGUCUACACUCUUAACAGUCAUUUAAUCAACUCAUCAUUCUUAUCUUAUGUCACCUGAAUUUUCGGAUC